AUGGCAAAAUUACCAAGAAGUUGGCAUUCUCCAUUGUCUGGUUUCGAGUGUAUAUUAUCAUUUGUUGCCGCCGCAGAUAUCGAAGUUUUUGUAGAGGUAGGAUUCACAAGAUCGAGUAACAAUGUCGUCGAAGUUGCUAUCGCAGAUGUUACAAUGGAUGUGGGAGAGGCAUCGAGGAAAGUUGAAGAGGUUGAUGUGGGCUCCAAGCCCGGUGGCGGUAGCAUUAGCUGUCUUGUACGACGAAAGUCGAUAUUCUUGAAGGUGUGUAGGAGGAUAGAAGAUUCGUGGUGA